CGGACACGCCCCUCUCCUCUCUUCUCUAUUGUCGCCGCUCUUCCUCAAAAUCCGCACUUUUAUCAUCAUGGAAAAGGACACAAGCGACAAAGAUGGAGCCAGGAAUACACUCGGGAAGCUUCUAGAUAAAACUACAGCAUCCACAAAAGCGAUGGAGGAGCUGGUGGGGGAGCUGCGCCUCUUCCUGGAUCUGCUGGACCGGGAAUACCUGAGCGCCGGCAUCAGGGAGAAGAAGACUCACCUGUCCAACAUCCUCAACAGAGUCCUGGCCGACAAAGAGCCCUGCUUCAAGUCGGAGAUCCACAACGGCCUCCCCGCUCCACCCCAGAUGCCCCUACCCGAGAUCCCUCACCCCUGGCUGCCUCCAAAUCACGGUCCACCACCUCUACCGAGUUCCUCACUACCCGAAGGAUACUAUGAAGAAGCUGUCCCUCUGAGUCCUGGAAAGGCACCUGAAUAUAUCACAUCCAAUUACGACUCAGACGCCAUGAGCAGUUCUUACGAGUCUUACGAUGAAGAAGAGGAAGAUGGAAAGGGCCAGAAGAUGCAUCACCAGUGGCCUUCAGAGGAGGCGUCCAUGCACCUGGUGAAAGACGCCAGAAUAUGUGCCUUCCUGUUACGCAAGAAACGCUUUGGACAGUGGGCCAAACUCCUCUGUGUUAUUAAAGAUAAUAAACUUCUGUGUUACAAGUCAUCUAAGGACCACGCCCCGCAGAUGGAGCUAACAUUGUCCGGCUGCAGCAUCACUCACAUUCCCAAAGACGGAAAAAAGAAGAAGCAUGAACUUAAGAUUGUCCACCAGGGGGCAGAUGCGCUGGUGCUGGCUGUCCAGAGUAAAGAACAGGCUGAAGAGUGGCUUAAGGUGAUGAGGGAGGUUUGUGCCAAUGGUCAUGUGGAAGUGGACCCCACCCGAUCAGCAUCUCCUAUUUUUAAACCAGAGUUAGAAAAGAAGACUUCGUGCGAUAGGCCGAGCUCGGACGGGGAGGCUCCUCAUGAGAACGGAGUCAGUGAAUGCAAAGAUCAAGGAAAGGGGAAGAAGAGCUCAAAGUCGGAGCAGAAGAGUGGCACCGUGGGGAAGGGCGCGGGGAAGAAGAUCACCAAGAUCAUGGGCCUGGGCAAGAAGAAGCCCUCCACGGACGAGCAGACCUCCUCCGCCGAAGAGGACGUGCCCACAUGUGGUUACUUGAACGUGCUGUCCAAUAACCGCUGGCGUGAGCGCUGGUGCAGACUGCGUGAUAACCAGCUCCUCCUCCACAAGGACCGUGACGACCUGAAGAGCCACAUCGCCUCUCUGCCGCUCCGAGGCUGUGACGUGUCCCCGGGGCUGGACCACAAGCACCCCUUCGCCUUCCGCCUGCUCCGGAACGCUCAGGAGGUGGCCGUGCUCGAGGCGUCGUCCUCUGAGGAGAUGGGCCGAUGGUUGGGGGUGCUCCUGGCUGAGACUGGAUCUACCACAGACCCCGCCACACUUCACUAUGACUACAUCGAUGUGGAGACCACCGCCAAUGUCAUCCAGCUCGCCAAGCAGUCGUUCUGUUUCACCAGUAAGCGCGCUGUGUCUCCAAACCCUUACCUGGACAACCCUGUGAACGGUUACUCCUGCCCCACAGGGAUGGCGCUGCACUACGACGACGUGCCCAUCAACGGAAUGGACCCAGACGCGUACUCCACUCCACCCUCCAGGAGUCGCUGUCAGCCCAUAGAGGAGGUGCACUAUGAGAACGCAGAGCCCAUUGACGACAAGCCUGCUCCUAAACCUCUGGCCUCUCGCUAUCCCCCUCCUAAAACUGCUACUACUGCUACUACUUCUUCUAGUCACUACAAACAGCCUGUGUCUAAAGUCUCUUCUAAGUUUCUCUCUGCUGAUGCUAAAAAUAAAGAGCCGGCUAAGCAGACCAGGCGGGGCCCGGCAGCCAAUGGCGUGAGCUCUAAGCAGAAGACAGACCCAAAGAACCAGGCCAAGAAGAAUGGAGUCAGUGUGAGCAACGGAGCGACCUCCCUGAGAAGAAACAGCUCAAGCUCGGAGCAGUGUAAGUACGGGAAGAACCGCGUGGAGGCUGAUGCCAAACGCCUGCAGGCCAAAGACGAAGAGCUGAUGAAGAGGAAGCAGGACAUCCGCAAUCACCUGAGCCAGCUCAAGAAAGAGAGGAGGGACCUGCGCACUGCCCUGGAGGCCGCCACUGGUAAGCGCUCCCAGUCGUCCCUGUCCGAGCGUCUGAAGAAGGUGGAGGAGGAGUGUCGUCUGAAGGAGGAGGAGCGGGUCAACCUGGAGCUGGAGCUCACCGAGGUCAAGGAGAGUCUGAAGAAAGCCCUGAGCGGAGGAGUCACUCUGGGACUGACCAUAGAGCCCAAGACCACCAACUCGGCUCUGCAGUCUCCGGCGGUGGUGCGGCGGGCUCACGGCUCCUCCGCCUUCUCCAGCUGCGACACCAGCGACGCCGAGUCGUGCCAUCUGCCCGUGAACAGCGCCUCCCUGCUCCGAAGGCAGCACACCGGCCAGAAACCCGCCACUGCCCGCGGGCACGUGCUCCGGAAGGCCAAGGAGUGGGAGGAGAAGAGUGGCACAUAACUUGAUUUUCACACCAGCUCUUGCCUUUUUAUCCUUAUCUUUUUAAAAUAUUGUGUAUAUAUUUAUUUAAAAAGUGAGUACAACUUUAUAAAAACAACACCUACAUUAGCCUUGAUAAAGAAUGAACAAAAAAAGUUAAUGUAGCUACUUAAGUAAAGAGUUAUGGUUAGGAAUUAGGCUUAAAGUAUUAAUUAAUUACCCAACUUGAGUAAUUUUUAAUGAAUAAACUGUUCAUUAUAGUUUUAUUAUACAUUGUCUGAUAGUGUGACAGAUUUGGCGUGACAGAAGAUGACCAGAGAGCUCAAAAAAUCAAACAAACUUGCAGAUAGUAGUGUUAAGUUUUUGUUUAUGCUUAAUUAAGGCUAAUUAAAUUGCAGUUAUUAUAAAGUGUAACCAAAAAGUGUGAUGUUGAGGACACAAGUAGCAUGUAAACCUAGUCACUGAUCCUGGAGUGACGGUUGUACUAUAUUGUAAGUAUCAUAUAAUAACUUCACUUUUUCAUAUUGUGCAUGUUUAAAUACUGCCAUAAGAGCGAUUUCUACUCUACUUUUUAAUAUUUUUUUACUCCUUUUUACCAGAUCAGAUCCACACACUUUUUCAACACCUUUUGUACAGUUGAACGUUUUGGGUCCAACACAACAUAUUGAGUAUUUAUUUGUAAAUGUACAAAUGAUCUUGUAGUUAUUCCUUUUAUUAUUUAUGUUGCUGUAUUUAAUUAUAUUUGCGUGGCAUUGUGGCACUCCAAAGAAUCAUCACACUCUGAAAAGUGUUUGAGUGGACUCAUUGUAAACAAACACAGGUGCUUUUAGGACAUUAAAGUUAGUCAGAGGUGGGACACAAAAGGAAUCAAGAAGGAGUACAGUUACUUCAAAAUAAUAUUACCCGUGUACUAUACUACUACCAUAACUUCCGGACUAUUGAGCGCACCUGAAUAUAAGCUGCAUCAACUAAAUUUUAACUAAAUUUUUUAAUUGUACAUAUAUAGGCCGCACCGGAACAUAAGCCGCAGGUGUCGGCUUAUGUUCGGGCCGUUUGCUUUUAUCGCCUCUGAAAGCUUUUGUCGUCUUUUUGCGUUGAGUCAGUUCGUCACUCUGUCGUCGCCAAAAUCUCACCACUGACUCAUUAAUGCUGAGCUCACGUGCAGCAGCUCUGUUUCCUUCUUCCACAACCACAUCAAUCGUCUUUAACUUAAAAGCCGCAUCAUCUGCAUUUCUUCGUGUGUUUUCCAUGAGGAGGGUGUGUGUAUGAAGCGCAAAAUAAAUGUUCAAAACACAAUCAAACUAGAAUCUUCAUCGGCGCAUCACCCACGUCUCCUCCCGCGCUCUACUGCGCAUGUCUCCUGCAGAAAGAGCCUCUGUUCUGUCUGUGUCAUGUCAGCGUCUUGGAGGAUUUUAGCGGAUUUCAGACUCUCUCGGGGGCGGGGUUAGUUCUUUAGAUCAGGUCUGAGUGGAUGUUCGGCUACUGAAGUUUGAGACGUUUCUUCUUGUCAUUUACACACGGGUAAGACGUAUCCCCCUCACUAAUGUUCAUUUAGCAUCAUAACUUAUUUUAUCACACGGCGAUAAACUGUUUUGAGUGCGCUGACAAUAUCACGAGAUAGUGUAGCAACUUCACGUGAACCCUAGAUCCAUGUGUAAACCGCACAGACAGCGACGUUUUCUGCUCUCAGGCUCAAAUCAUAGACGGUAUAUAUGAAUGGACAAUGUGCCAAACAAAGGAUCCAUCCAUAUAUUCAUGUAUUCGCCGCAUCGUUUUAUUAGCCGCAGGGUUCAAAGUGUGAGAAAAAAAGAAGCGGUUUAUAGUCCGGAAUUUACAGUAGUAAGAGUACACUUGAUUUAGAAUGGGGUGUUCAAACUAUUUUGACCGAGGGCUGCAUAUCUAAACAUAUAAACUGAGGACCUCGGACCGGUGGUGUGGAUAAUGUAGCUAUGACAGAACCACAUUUGGGCCAAUUCAGCAUGAUGCCUGAGCGCCAGGAAAAACUGACCCAGGUCCAUAGUUUGGACCAGAGGUGGGGACUUGCAGGUCGUGACAUGGACUCGAGUUAGACUUGAGUCACUAUUUUUAGAACCUGAGACUUGAAUUGAUAAAAUAGACCAAGAUUUGGAACUCGACUUGGAUUUGAAGCUUAAAGACUUGGGACUUGACUUGGGCUCGUGCUCUGUGACUCUGAGACUUUAUAUUCUGACCAUAAUGAUUCACACUAAGAUCUUGGCAAGACAUUUAAAAAGGAAAAAUUAACAUUUCUACAAAUUUUAUAUAAAUACUCAUAUAUAAAUAUACCAUGACUUUUUAAAGUACAGUUCUUCAGUAUCUUAAAAGUCAUAUAAAUUGCAAAAACAAAAGCUAUAUUUGGUAGUUUGGUUUAAAGACUUGAAAUAACUUAAAGCUCAAAGCAGACGACUUGGACUUGACUUGGACUUAUGGGCCACUGAUUCGAGACUCGACUUGGACUUGUCUAUCUUUGAUUUGGGACUUGACUCGGACUUGAGGUCAAAGACUUGAGACUUGCAAAACAACGACUUGGUCCCACCUCUGGUUUGGACACCCCUAAAAUAGAAGCUGAAGUUAAUGUCAUUUGAAGGAGAAAACAUUAAGUGAUGGGAAAAUUAGAAAUGAGAUGUUAUAGCCAGAAAAAACGCACUUAAAUUAAAGAAACGUCCUUAAAUUGACGUCCAAAAGAGAGAAAUCUUUGACUGAAACCUUUGAAUUGAAAAUGAAUCUCUUACUUCUACGUCCAACCCUUCUACUUUACUGUGCCGACAAUGCCGAUUUACAAAAUGUUCAAAACAUAAUAACCUUUUAUAUUUUACACACUUAACAGACGCUCUUUGUCUUGGUGCUUUGUCGUUCACUGCCUUUAGACCAAAACCGUGUGGUGCUCCAAUGUCUUCAGUACACAGUAGAAUUCCUGUGUUGUAUCGUAGUAUUCUCACGUACAUGUACACGCUCCUGCUCCUCUGCAUGGUCACAGUGGAUCUGUUGUAGACACUUGCUGUGAAUGUGAAGCCGCUGUACAUAUAUCACUUUGGCUUUGUGGGACCACGCAUCAGUGUUGUGUUUUGCACCUUAUUCAUUUUCUAUUCCUCAUGUAACCGACCGUCUCCACUUCGGAGUCAUACGCUUUUUGUA